AAGUUGCUGCACUUGCACGCCUGCCCCCUUUCCUAUUUGUGGCUGUUUGGGCUUCAAUUCAGUUCGCUCAUCAACAUAAAAGGCUAUUGCAUUAAGGAAGUGAGAAGAAGGCAGCAGAGAAAGGGAGAAAAAAAAAAAAACAUAGAGGGUAGCCAUGUCGUACAUGAGAGGAGAUUUGCUGACAAGAACCAGGAAGCUCGUCAAGGGUUUGGCCAAAGCCGAGCCUGCUUGGCUCAAAGCCAUGGAACAGUCAAGGCACCGCCUGCAACAUUUCCACGCACUGAUGGGAAAGUUGAGAAAAUUCAUCUCCCGGAGGAUCCUUAUGUAAAGAAGUUCUUUGAGCGCAAUCCACAUUCAAUAUAUGAAGAUGCCAUUAAGAUUUGUGGUUUUGAUCCCCCUCCAGCCCGUGUAUUUGGUUUGCGGGUGCUUGAGUUGAUGGAGCGGGGACUUAAAGAGAAGGACGCUGAGGAGUUAGCCAAUAUGGAAUAUGAGGUAGAGAGGGAGGCAAAAGAGAAGGCAUAUAAAAGAUUGAAACAAAUUGCCCGUGCUCAGGGAAAAAGACCACCUCCUAAUCCAUAUCCUAGUGUCAUUAAGGAAAUUCAAGCCAAGGAGAGGAAGUAUGUUCGUGCUCGUUUCUAUGAUCCCAACGUACGUCAAAUUCUGAACAGGCUGAAAGAAGAGAAGGCAGCUAGGUUGCAGGGCGGACAAAGAGGUGGCUUGGAAUAGCUUUUCUUUAGCUUCAAUAGCAUUGGUUGCAAUAAUCAGUGGAGCUACCCAGCCAAACACUGGGGAUAUCGUGUAUUACUUUGCAUUUUUCUUGGUUAUCAUCGAAAGUCAUUUUACACUUGCACAUAUCUUGUCAUUUGCAAAUUAGUUCUCUCAUAUUGUGUUUAGAAGCUAUUUGAGCUCUUUCAUUCCCUAGUUUUAAUUUUAGUACUCCAUUAGUCAAAUGGUCUCAAACUCAAUAAGAAAUAAACCCUUUUAUCCAA